AUGGGCAAGAUCGCUAAUAGACGAUCUAGAACGCCGAACUGGUCCGCAGACGAGAAACAGUACUUACUCGAGUUAAUUAAGCAACGUAAAGAAGUAGUUGUUACAAAGAAUAAUAAUGGACCUAAUUAUUCCGAAGAAAAGGAUGUUGCAUGGAAUGAAAUUCUCAGAGAAUUAGCAUUGAGAUUUGGUAAUAAGUUCUCAGAGAGUUCGAUAAAGAAAGUGAAGACCCAGUGGCAGAAUAUGAAGAGGAUUGCCCGUGAAGAAAUCGCUCUUGUCGGACCAGCUACGGAGAAGUAUACCCGACAGUCCUUAGAGGUUUGCAGUAUCCUUGAUUUGGUACAAGACGGUGUUUUGAAGAAGGACGAGAGUUUGAACGAGGCGACACUAACCACUAAUGUCGUUAUUAAGGCCGAACGAAUUGACGAGGAAAUUAAUCAAUCCAGUUGCAGUGGGACAAACGUCUUCUCGAACGCAGAAAACCAACAAAAUCCGAUGACGAUUGAACUUGGCUUGCUUAGAUCGUCGUCUUCCGAGCGAAUAUCUGAAACUAACGAUUACGACUCUCACGAAGAAUGGACAGAUUCUAAUACGUCUACAAAAAAAAAUGCCUCCUGUAUGACAGAUGCUCCUUAUCCUGAGGGGGUAAUAAACAAUCCAUUCCAAAAAGAAAUUCAAGAAUAUCUCAGGUAUACAACAGUUGAGAAGCAAUUAAAAAUGGAGUCUUUAAAAGAAGAACGUUACGUAGUGAAGGCUAUGAGGGAGACAGCAGAACUGAACAAGAUAAUCGCGGAACAACGUUUAAAACACGUGUUAUGGAUGAAAAGACAAGAAAUGUCGAGUCCAGAAUCUGUAGUCUUUAUAAAUAAUAUGGAGGGCAGAGGCAAGGAGAACCAGCUCAACGUUUAG